GUGUAGAAGUGACGGGUCGGGACGCUGCCUGGCCAAUGUUUUCAUGGUGAGUGACGCGAAGAGUGCGCUCAACUCCACCGGUAUAUUACCUUCUCUCGCCUCCCUCACCGUUAUCUCGGCUCGCCUUUGACCCUCAGCCACACCCAAUAUGACUAUGCAGCAGUGUUAUAACAAGGGGUGUGGGCAAAAAUAUAAACUAGAAGACAACACGGAUGAUGCGUGCGAGUAUCACCCAGGUGCACCAAUAUUCCAUGAUGCAUACAAGGGUUGGUCAUGCUGCAACAAGAAAAGUACAGAUUUUACUACAUUUCUUAAUACAAAGGGGUGCACCAAAGGAAGACAUAACCCUGAAAAGCCAGUUGAACCAGAGAAGCCGAGGUUCGACCCAUCAACGAGAGAUGAAGUUAUUACCGUCGAGUCACGUAAAACUGCCCCUGCACUUCCUAGGCCAGAUUUUAGUUUUCCAAUGAGACGACUUCCAGUUACUGUCACCCAGUCAUUGAAACAAGCUCUAGAGAAGGCAAAAGGUCAAAAAGACACAGCUAAUAAGGAUGACAAGGAAGAACAGAAUAUUUGUGGAGUGAAAAUUGGAGAAAAUUGUAAAAACAAUAGCUGUAAAAUGAUUUAUGAAGGUGAACACAGUAAUCUGGACAUUUGCAAGUACCAUCCUGGAAUUCCCAUAUUUCAUGAAGGACUCAAGUACUGGAGUUGUUGCCAAAAGAAAACCACUGACUUCUCCGAGUUCUUGGAGCAGUUGGGCUGCACUACUGGCCAUCACUGCUGGGUAAAGCUGGAAGCAAAAAAGGUGGCUGCCUGUCGAUAUGAUUGGCAUCAGACUGCUACCCAUGUGUGUGUAGCAGUCUAUGCAAAGCUGACUGAUCCUGCUCCAACCUAUGUAGAAGCUAAUCCCAUCAGAUUAAAUGCAAAUAUUGUCUUCGGAGAGGAAAAUGUGUUUUCUUUGGAUGUUGAACUUACCGGGUUGAUUGAUGUAGACCAGAGCAGUGUAAGCUUAGCAGCAUCCAAGGUAGAAAUAAAAUUGCGGAAAGCUGAACCAUCAAGCUGGCGCACCUUAAACACUCAGAGAGAACAGAAUUCUGAUAACAAGACUGACGACGAAAAGGCUGAUGAAAAAGCUGAAGAUGGAGGAUUGGAACAAAUGGUUGAUGCUGUUGAUCUUGGUGAUCUUUGAGAGCAGCACUAUUCUUAGAAGAGCUUCAAUGUUUUAGAAUGUGCAAUAAGGUGUCUUAACCACUUUUACAUGAACUAUCUUUAAAAAAAAUGUAGGAGCAUUUUUUCUUUUUAUUCUAGAAUGUUCAGGGUAUUGAAUUGGUCAAGAACAUCCAUUUUGAAUUGUUUGGGUCAUUUUAAUCAACAAGUUUUAAAGCAAAAUAACAUACAUUUCCUCUAGUACCACUGUAAAUUUUAGUACUUGGUUUAUCAGGAGGGCAUCAAUGUAUGUUAAUGCAAGACCUAAUAAUAAUAAUAAUAAACAUGUUAUGAACUU